ACCGAUCCUACAGCCGAGCCGCGGCCACUCCGCUAAGGACGCGCCUCAGGCUCCAUGGAUAUCGCUUCCACACCCCGCAGGCCGCGGCGCAGAAGGUGACCGCACAGCGCCGCACCGGGCCGGCACAGCGCCCCCUGCACAGGCGGACCAGCGCCCACCGGACAAAGAUGGCGGCGGGAGCGCUGCCCCGCACAAAGAUGGCGGCCGCAGGCUCUCGCCCCGCCCGGCCGCCUGCAGGGGAAGCUGCCCUGCCAAAAGAUGGCCGGCGCGGGAUCCGAGCGGGGCGGGCUGUCCUGACGUGUAGAGGCCGCCUCACGACCGACCUCGGCCGCUCCGCCCGGAAGCAGAUCGUUGCCGUCUCCUAGCAGCGGCGGGAGCGGGGAGGGAGCCGCCCGCGGGGCUCGUGGCUGCAGCUACAGUAUUUAGAGGACAUCUGCAGCUGAUGUUUUCAACGUGAUUCAACUUAAUGAAUUGAUGGGAGAGAAGGAGCCAUGUCAGAGGAGGCUGUUACUGAAGCACGCUUUUCUCUGAAGACAGUGGCUUUACGGGCAUUUCACCUUCCUGUGUCCUGGUAUCACUCUCUCACACAGAUAAAACUUUCCCCUGGUUUAAAGAAGCUGUUCACAGUCACAGCAGUGAGUGCAAUAUCUGUCAUUUUUCUGGCUCAUCAUUUCAAAAGAAAACGUGGAAGGAAAAACAAGCAAGCAUCACAAUGGGAGCCAGGUCAUCUACUAUUAGAAUGUACCAAAGCAGCUGCAUCAGAAAAAGGUUCAAGUUGUUCCAGUAGCCGACAAAACUUGACUCUUUCCCUGAGUUCCGCCAAGGAAAAAGGAUCACAGUCAUGUAUCUAUGCAAAUGGAGGGCUUUUCAGUAAAUACUCUGGUUCAGUUCAGAGCCUGGUCUCCGUUCAGAGUGCCACCUCUUGUCACAGUUGUGCGUGUGCCAAUUCUAAUUCCUGGGAUAAAGCAGAUGAAGAGGAUAUUAAGCUUGUUAAUAUUCCAGUGACUACGCCUGAAAAUUUAUAUUUGAUGGGUAUGGAGCUCUUUGAAGAAGCACUGCGUCGAUGGGAGCAGGCAUUAACUUUCCGUAACAGGCAAGUGGAAGAUGAAUCAAGCUGUAGUUCCAUCAAGCUGGGAGCAGGAGAUGCAAUUGCAGAAGAAAGUGUAGAAGAUAUCAUUAGUGCUGAAUUCAUCCAUAAGCUCGAGUCCCUGCUUCAAAGAGCUUAUCGUCUUCAGGAGGAGUUUGAGGCCACCCUUGGGACCUCUGAUCCUGCUUCUCUAGCUAAUGAUAUUGAUAAAAAUACAGACAUUACUGUAAAGGAUAACACGGAUGAUUUUUGCCUUCGAGAUACAUUAAGCAUCGCGUCGACGGACUCUUUUGUUUCCACAGCUGAGCUUACAGAGCACAGAGAAGCUCGUAAUACCUAUGGUCUAGAUUCCCUUUGCCAUUGUCCACUGUAUGAAGAAGCAAUGCACUUAGCAGAAGAAGGCAAAAUUUAUUCACGAGUGUUAAGGACUGAAAUGUUUGAAUGUCUCGGAGACAGCGACUUCCUUGCUAAGCUUCAUUGUAUUCGACAAGCUUUCCAGAUAAUUCUUUCAGAAACAGCAAACAGAAUAUUUCUUGCUGAAAGUGGAAGAAAAAUUUUAUCUGCCCUAAUUGUGAGAGCACGAAAGAAUCCAAAGAAAUUUGAAGAUGUCUUUGAUGAAAUGAUAUAUUUCUUGGAACAAACGGAUCACUGGGAUAAUACUGAAAUGGAACUUGCUGCUAGAGGAGUAAAAAACUUGAAUUUUUAUGAUGUUGUUCUGGACUUCAUAUUGAUGGAUUCAUUUGAAGAUUUAGAAAAUCCACCAAUAUCUAUACAGAAUGUAGUAAACAACCGCUGGCUAAAUUCCUCCUUUAAAGAAACGGCUGUGGCUUCAAGCUGUUGGUCUGUACUGAAGCAGAAAAGACAGCAAAUGAAGGUACCUGAUGGAUUUUUUGCUCAUUUCUAUGCUAUAUGUGAACAUAUCAGCCCUGUUUUGGCAUGGGGUUUUUUGGGUCCUAGAAAUUCCCUUUAUGACUUAUGCUGCUUCUUCAAGGAUCAAGUGCUUUUCUUCCUCAAAGACAUCUUUGACUUUGAAAAGGUACGAUACUCAACUAUGGAGAGUUUGGCUGAAGACCUUAUGCAAUUAUUAAUGCGACGCACUGAACUUUUAAUGGCCUAUCUUGGAGCAGAUUCAUUGAGACAUGCCAGUGCUUGUGUAAGUGGUCAUGGGCAUGUGAUGACCAGUGGGCUCUUAGAAGCAAAGGUACAGUAAGCUUAAAAUCCAUGAGAUGUGAAAUGGAGUGCACUUUGACAUGCUCCUUCCCACCUUUCUUUCUAACCCCGAAGCUUUCAUUGCUGUUAAUGAGCAAACAUCUGAAAAUGUACCAUGUUGCUAAGUAAGGAAAAGGACUCAGGGAGGAUACAAAAAGAACUGGUGAGCGUACUGUUGUAUAUAUCUAAAUUAAAUUUGCAGCUCAGCUGAUAUCGUAUUUAUACUUAAUGUAUCCCAAAGCUUUUUUUCUGUAAUAUUUUGGUAAAGUUUAUUUAUGAAAUACUGUACUUUUGCCACAGAUAAUUUGUAAGUGGAGCUGAUGGAUGUGUCUCAUGUAAAGGCUUAUAGUACAAAAUGUUCACUACAGAGUCUCAAAGUCAUGAUGUGUCUAGAGCAGGGAGGUGUUUCAGUGGGUGUAUAUGCAGUUAUACAGUCUCUGAUUCAUGUGACACGUGCAAUAAAGUAAUCACAGUCACAAAACUGAACAUGUUGCCACUGCCCUGCAGUUAUGUUUGUGUGGAUGUAAGCAGUCAUUCUGUACUACAGUAUAGUAAGAGUGAUGCAGGCACCAUUUGGGCAGUAACAACUUCCAGUAUGCAUCUUUUGCUUUAUUUUUGUGUGUGAAAUCUAAUAAUCAUGGAGUUGUUUGUAUCAGACCACUUUUAUAUCCAAACAACUAUGCUAGUUUGCCAAUAUAUAUAUAUUUUUUUCUUUUUUAAAACUGUAAAGACUUAAUUAUAUCCAUCACCACCAUGUUCUUAGUUCUAUUGUAGCAUUUCAAAAUACAUUUUAAAAUCAUGAUAAUUUUUAAAUCAUGAAAGAGAAUCAAGGGCAGCAUUUUGGAAUUAAAAGUUUUUACGUCUUCCUGCCUUCCUUGUAAGGAGGUCAAUUACCUGUUUAGGAGGAAAUGUGGUGAUUUGAGCCAUAAAUGGGCACAUGCAAAAGUGUGGUGGCUCAGGAUAUGGAAACCUGAGCUUUGUGUAGGGGGCAACACUGUAAUGUGGCAUGAGAAAAUGUGAGGCAACAUUUUGACUGUGCAAGAGCUAAUAAUCAUCCAUAAUCUCGAAUUCCUAUAAACUGAAACAGCGUUUCCUAGUUAGCUUUUAAACUACACUGAUGUAUUCUUGGCCACAGAAAGCCAGCCUACAAGAAUCCAGCCUGUGUUAAGAAAUAAGACUAAUUACAGACUAAUUCUGAACACUCAGAUAUUCAGGAGCAUGUUGUUGUAAUGUAGCACAUUGAAGCAAACUUUGAUUAGAAACAUUUCAACUCGUGUUGCACACAGCCCAAACUGAUGGUACUUGAAGAUGACGACCUGUGUCUUCCCAUAGGUUUUACUGAAGCCAACAUUUUGUCGUGUACAUUUGAUAAAGACUGUGAAAAAGUGUCAUAUGACUGGUGUGAAAUGCCAACUGAUUAUAUUAAAAAUAAAUAAAUAAAAUAGUAUAAUUCUAUGUGUAAUAAAA